AUGAAUAAGAUAGUGAGAGAGAGAGAGAGCACUGCACCCCCUGAAGAAGAGAGGUUGCCUGACUUACCCUCCUACAAUCUCUACAAAGCGAUUUUCUCGUGGAGUUUCUACUUUAAAGUGUCUCUUUAUAAAGAUUAUUUGAGACCAUUUUUGGAGGAAGGGCCCCAGGAUUUUGUAGCCGGGACUUUUAUAAAGAACAUUGCGAUAAUUUGGUCUGUGAAGAUUGGAACCGACCGAUCCGGAAUGGAAGGCCCGUGGCAAAGGGCCAAUAGGCGCGUGCGAGUACCCUUGGAUGAAAUCCUAGGGCAUGACCAGAAUGGCCCAGACGGGUCAUCCCUUGACCUAAGGCGUGCAGCCCAUCCCCAACCCCUUUAGUGGUCAAAACAGGCGGAAACAUGGCCUGACCCUCAUAUAUCAAAUCCAGAAAUUUUUUGCCAGCUUGCAACGAACGCGCGACGAUCGAACCCUUUCGACCUCUUCAAAUCUUACAAAGGGUCGAUGGUGCUUCUUCAAAU